UCCUGGAGGUCUACGGACCGCCUCCCGCAGCUAGGACAAAAACAAUCGGCAUCCUCUAAAACGGUACAGAAUAAACAGGAGGACCUAAAGCACAUUCUGACACAUUUUGUCAUUUUUAUAUAGCCACGGAUACCACCGAGCGAGAAAUGGUUUCUCCGGUAACAGUGGUAAAGAGUGAAGGCCCAAAGCUGGUGCCGUUCUUCAAGGCAACUUGUGUGUACUUCGUCCUGUGGCUACCCACUUCAAGCCCAUCCUGGUUCAGCGCCCUCAUCAAAUGUCUGCCCAUCUUCUGCCUGUGGGUGUUUUUACUGGCACACGGCUUCAGCUUCCUGGGUGCUCACUCCAGUGCCCGCAAGAUUUUGGCCGGUCUCAUCUUUUCUUCUUUGGGUGAUGCCUUUCUCAUCUGGCAGGAGCAGGGCUACUUCGUCCACGGUCUCCUCAUGUUCGCCAUCACCCAUAUCCUCUACUCCUCCGCCUUCGGGAUGAAGCCCCUUAACAUGUCGGUCGGCCUGGUGAUCACUGUUGUGUCCUCCCUGAGCUACAUGCUGCUGUACCCCUACUUGUCGGGCCCCUUCACAUACCUGGUGGCCGUCUACAUCGGUCUGAUCGGCUUCAUGGGUUGGAGGGCCAUGGCGGGCCUGCAGCUCGCCAACGACCUGUGGACCUGGACCAAGCUGUCAGCCUGCCUGGGCUCCGUUCUCUUUAUGGUGUCUGACCUCACAAUCGCCGUCAACAAGUUCUGCUUCCCCGUGCCCCACUCGCGCGCCAUCAUCAUGGCAACCUAUUACGCGGCUCAGAUGUUAAUCGCGCUGUCGGCGGUGGAGUGCCAGGAUGCGGAGGUGGCCAGGAAGAGAACAUGAGGUAUCAAAGUCUCUAAAACGAGUGAUCAUGGACACACUUCACUGCCAGAUCUCCGACCCUUGACCUUCAUCUCAGUGUGGCACUCCCACACCAUAACCAUGACGACUGGUCCAUUAUCACCUUAAUGCCCCUCUAGUAUGGUAGUCUCACGCCUGUCUUCUUGCCACAACGAGUAGUAUUAUCACCAGUCCUCCAUGCAUCCUCUGAUCGUAAUAUGGAGACAGGUGUAGAAAUAUUAACCUGCUAUAUACAUAGAGAGAGUAUUACUUUUAUCUAUUAUGUUUUAAUUUAAGAGGAGCAUGUCACUGGGGACCUGUUAAGUGUGUGUGGGUGAACAAUUGUGAUUGUGCAUGAGUGUACAUACAUGUAUGUUUGAUAACCACCCUUACCUAGCUUUCCACACAGUCCAAUCACACAUCUACGUAAUGUAAUAAUGCGAUCCAGCUCUUUACAUUAGCAGUGAUUUUGUUGCCUCAGACCUUGUUAAAAAGGGAGGGUUUUAUAUUUUUUGGGCCCAUAUUUGGCCUCAGCUUUCUGAUGCCUAAUUUCCCCCCUGAAUUUAUGAUUGCAACUCUUAAAGCAAAGAGGAAAUCCCUAUUUGUUUGUAUUAUCUACAGUCCGUUACAUUUCAGUCACAACGGCCACACUGCCUUUGCUCGCUUCACUGGUCAGCAUCCUUGACAAACCCACUACAAGUGUCUCUGGAUGAAUGAAUCAGCGUAUCCUGUGGAAAUAGAUGCACAGAAACAAAAAUAAAGCAGUGAGGUGCAAAAGUAGAGAAAGGAGUUUGGAUGCCACUGCCAUGAUAUAUUAUAGUGUAAGUGUUUGAAGAGUUGCGAGGGUGUUUGUGGAAGUUAGAUUCUUCCUGUUGUCACAAUAAGAACAGUCAACACUGGAGUCGCAGCAGACUACUGUACACUAGGCUUCACAGUGCACCUGCUCCUCCCUUGUGUUAAGUCUCUAAGGUGUUAAGCAAGUUUUCCAAAAACAAAGGUACACAUGUCGACUCCUUCACACACCUGAAAGCGACAACUCCUGCUGCUUUAGUUAUUAGGAAAAGUCCACAGGGGUUCUUAUUGCUGGACCGGAUCAGCUGACCCAUGCUGUCCUGGGACCACAUUAUGAAGACUGAAAAGAAAGGGCUAUGUUACUGACUGGAGUUUUAGUGUAUCAACUCUGUGUGUGUGUGUGUGUGCGUGUGUGUGUGUGUGUGUGUGUGUGUGUGUGUGUGUGUGUGUGUGUUUGUGUAGCUAACUGAGCUGUUAGACGACAUUCACUCAUCCGUAUCACACACACACAAAGAUGAACAUAGAAACACACACUGCCCCAAGGCGGUCUGACUGAAAAACAAGAGGAAGAGAAAAAAAAUGGGAGAUGAGGGAACUGGCUUGUCAUGUGGGGGAACAGUUAUCCCAUUAUUCCCAAUAAUUCCCUGUCAUAGGAUGCUUCAUCAGCUUUAAUCCUGCAAAAUCCACCACAGCUAAUCCCCAACAGGUUGGCUGAUAUUUUGUCUUUCAUCUAUUACACAUUUCUCCCCCUUCUCACCUUGUAUCAGUCUCACCCUGUCAGUUAAAGUGUCUUACUGAGAGCUGAAGAAGUAUGGCUUUGUCUUUAUAUGUGAGCGUAUGUGCAUGUCUCAUGUGUGUGUCUGUGUGAGGGUAUGUAUGAAUGUCUGUGUGUGUGUGUGUGUGUGUGUGUGUGUGUGUGUGUGUGUGUGUGUGUGUGUGUGUGUGUGUGUGUGUGUACCUGUGACAAAUCAGAACCAACUCAAGGCCAGAAAUGCUGUGAACCAUCUUAGUAUGAGUAGUACAAACUCUACUGGAUAUCUUUAAUGUAUUCUCACAAGGCUCUUAAACUGUCUUCAUAACCCUUCACCUUUUUGGAUUGUUAACCUCUUUGUGUCUUUUAUAUCAUCCCCCUGAACAUGUGCUCAGUUUAGAAUGACUUUUAAGUAGUAUUUCAUUUAGCAGAGUAACUUCAAGUUGUGUUUUUAGUAGAUUUGAGGUUUAAUUUUAACUUGAAAGUUUCCGUUCAUGAAAAAGCCCCUAACACCUCGCAGUAUAUGUCACUGGUUUUAUGAUAAAUACCACAAACAGUUUGUAUAUUUCAAAGAAAAUCCAUUUCAUUACAAAUGUACUCCAGCAAUUGAAAGUAUUAAUGUUUAAUCAUCCAGUCCGCAUGCACCUUAACCUGAUCUAUUGUUCUGUAUAUAAAACAAACAGGCAUGGAAAAGAAACAGACCCAUGUUAUGGGUUCCUUUUUCUGGGUCAAUGACCUCUUAAAGCUGUGGAUAACACACCCACAUAUGCAUAAAAAUAUGCAUAAAAGUGUGUUUAUGCACCAUAUCAGUCACCAUAACAGAUCUGCAGGCAGACCAUGGUGCUGACUCUCAUAAAGCCUUCUGAGUUUAAUUAUAAGCAUCGGCAAACAAUCUUAUUUUUGACCUGAAAAGACACUCAGACGAGUUAGUCAUCUAUUUCAGAAAGUUCCUCAUCCUCCUUUCGGCUUGUCAGCUUCACAUUUCUGCUUUGUCAGUCUGAGGUGUUUCAUCAGGCCGUCUGUGGGACCAUCCGUCUUCUGUUCUGUUUUUAAUGAGUCCACCAAUCAUCCCUGAAAAGUCGUCCCCUAAGCGCUCUCCUUUUGCACAUUUGUCUGCUCAUGUCAUCUUAAAUCAGACUUAGUAGAGUACAAGGAGACAUGCUAGUGUACAUGACUGACUUGUAUUCAGUCUUAAGUAAAUCCAUGAUGGAGUGAUGAGUGUCAGGCCAUCUUACUCAUCCUUAUGUGGGCUAUCUAUGUAGGCACUACUUUCUCUCUGUUCUGCCACAUAAAACCUCCUGACUUUUGUUCCUACAGUUCUGAUGGCGGUUUGCCAAACGCAGGAUUUACUUUCAAGUAUUUCUGAGAGCAUUUCUGUCGGCCAACCCACAUUCUGGAAAAUCUCCAUGACUUUGGUAGCAUGUGAAGCGAGAAAUAACCUCAUAUACCAUAUUGAGUCAGGAAUUUGCAAGUCAUUACGCCUAUCCAGAGGAUUAAAAAUAUUAAUCCUGAAAAUAUUCUACUUCUUCUACAUUCUUGGGAGCAGAUAACCAAAGCUGAAGUAUAAUAGAGCUAAUUUCAUUGAGUGGAACUUGUUAGUGUCACAGGCCCUCUCGUGUAUCAAACAUCCUUUUGUUUUGCAUGACACAUGAGGUCCCCCUCGUUGGCCUUCCACUUAGGAAGGAGGUUAUUGCUGAGCAAUACUGUAGCUGGAAUGAGAUGAGGAGGUGAAAUAUGACACACAAGGGAAGAGUCCCUUUCCAUCCGGCCUGCUGGCUGUCAUCCUGUCCCCCUACACAGAUGGCAGGCCAGCAGGCGCAUCACUUUACCUCUGCCUGUCAACAGCCCUGUUGUUCUGAGCUUUGUGCAUGCAGACAAUAGGGGACCUGAGAGAGCCGAGGGAGGUCAGUGUCUGGCCUGAGCUGUGAGUAAUGAGCUGGAGCCAGAAGCUGUUAUAGUAGAGAGAAGAUGGCACUUUUCUUCAUUUCAGAUGUUUCUCUCCUUUUCUUUCUUUCUGCUGUUGUGUCAAAUCUUUGAUUUGAAAAAAAAAAUGCUGAUAAUGUGCUGACAUUCAAAACAAAGAGCUGUAGUUUGUUGCACUCAUGCAUGGCAAGUAGUACUUCACAACACACCCUGGUGUUCUUAUGACAGUUCAACAGUAUGAGCCUGUGAGAAGUAUGUAGACAUAAUGUCAUCUUUUCUUUGUAAUACUAACCUAAAAUGCACUUUUUCCACCUCCAGAGUAAGGCCAGUCAAUCUCUCUUUACAGUAGAAGCUUAAGUGUUUGAUUCAAAGGAUUGUUGUGUACUGUAUUAUUUAAAGUAUAUGCUAUUCAUUUCCUUUACUCUGCUUUACUUGUUUGAAAAGAGAGACAUAAGUUGUUCUUUUGAUGUUGGUGGUUCAUGUGGGAGAAAGUGGUGCAUUGAUGCACGAUGCAUGAGUAUCAGCAUUUUUCUGCAAGAGGCACCACUUGCUCUUGAAGUGUUAAAAAACCUUUUGUAUAAAUCAUUUAUCCAAAGUGUUAUGCUUUUAUUUGAAAAGCCACUCUGCAUUUUAUUAUGAAUGUCAAAAAAAAGUUUGGAUUGUUUCCCAGUAAUGAAUUCUGAUUCUUUGACUUUUCAAUGAAGGCCAACCACAAUGCACCACUUUAUGAACAAACUUAAUUUCUUUUAUUUAACUCGAAGAUAUACUUUACCUUGAUGUCCUAGCUUUUCACUAGGUGAUCUAUUUUAUUUCAUGACUGUAGAGAUGGAAUAGUUUUAUUUGCUGUAGUGAAAUUGCUAUGAAUGUGAAUAUCUAUUGGAGAAAUAAAUGCAACUGCAAUGCAACUUCAACAUUA